CAGAAGCCCGCACCGGUCGUUACCAGGAACCCAAAUAACACAGCUCGCCCACGGAUUUGAUAUUUCUCGUCGGAUAAAAGCGUCAUGUUCAUCGGUACUAUGAAGCAACACACUCCCCGCCAGCAUAUCCACGAUGACCACUGGAUUCCACCGUCGCCGCGGAGAGGGUCACCUCCCCAUUGACGACUUCUCCUGCGUAUGUAUCACGACGCGCUCCAAGCUCAGGAAGGCCGACGCCUACCUAUCCUCCGGAGACCACCUCCUCCGCAGCGGCCGGGUGCACCAUUCGGCGCGCGACAAGCUGGAGAGACAAAGCAACAUGGUACAACAACGACGACUCGCUAUUUAUAGCCGACGCUCUCGCCUCUCAAGGACCGAGGUCAGCAUGUACAAGAGGCAGGCGCGUGUCUACUUCCAGAACGUCUGGAAUGCGAUUGCGCAUCACGCGGACGUGAAGCCGAAGUCCUCUUCAAGACCGCAGAUGUCGUCCAGACCUGCGCAGCCACAUCGCACCGGUCAAGCUCAGCAACCCAUGGAUUACCUCCUAGGAUCCAUGGUGCAAUACGGCAUGCAGGCUUCCAGGAUGCCUGCACCCCGGCAACCGACAUAUUAUGCUCAGCCUUCCGCGCCUCCCUACUAUGCCUACCCAUCUCCUGCUCCCUCAGGCUACGUGCACGCGACCCAGUAUGCCCGAUCCCCUGCUAGGCAAGCCUCCUACCCGAGCCCGCGCCGCGAAGAGGUGCCGAAGGCCCGCCGGCGCGUGACGUUUAGCAGCCCGCUAACGGAGACGCACUUCAUCACCCCGCGCGCGACGCCACGCGCGCUGCCGACGCCGCUGUCGCCGCACGCCGCGCCACCGACGCGUCCUAACGACGUCCCGCACCCGCACCGCCAGCACGGGUCUUCGUACCCGUACUACGCCCGCGCGUGAGCGUGUCAUCCGGUCCGGUCAUCAUGCAUCAUCCACCACACACUCCUUUCACCUUCUCUUUUUCUCCUCGCGCGAGCGGACGCACCUUGGUUCUGGGUUCCUAAUAUGAAACCACGUCUACAUCUGAUCUUCCUAUACCAUCAUAUCCGCAACAACAACCUAUGCCAAAUCACAUUCAUAUCUGUAGCGAUAGCAUUCUUAUAACCUGUUACACAUACCAUCACGUAAUGUUACGAUCUUCCUUACGUACAUAGCACCU